UAAUCCCCGUCACGGCGGCGCUUCCCUGGCCGAGCCAUGUCUGCGGCUUCCCCGCCAUGCCGAGCCUAGCGGGGAGCGGGAGGACUGGCGGCCGGGAGGCGCACAAAAUGAAGACCCUGAUGCGCCACGGGCUGGCCGUCUGCUUGGCGCUCACCACCAUGUGCACCAGCUUGUUGCUCAUGUACGGCGGCAUUGGCGGGGGCCACCCGGAGCCGCGGCGGCAGCAGCAGCAGCAGCAGCAGCAGGUGGCGGCGGUGCCCAGCAGCCCGCCGGGACGCGGCCAGCACCGCCCGGCGCUCCCCGUCGGGGCUGGCCUCCUGGAGGGCUACAUCAGCGUCCUGGAGCACAAGCCUUUAAAAAUGCAUUGCAAGAGUUGUGCAUUGGUAACCAGCUCCGGACACCUUCUGGGAAGCAAACAAGGGGACAGAAUCGACGAGACAGAGUGUGUAAUACGGAUGAAUGAUGCACCCACUCGAGGUUAUGGAAAAGAUGUUGGGAACAAAACGAGCCUUCGAGUCAUUGCCCAUUCCAGUAUCCAGAGGAUUUUGCGAAAUCGCAACGAACUCUUAAAUAUGAGCAACGGUGCUGUGUUCAUCUUCUGGGGCCCUAGCAGCUACAUGAGGAGAGAUGGUAAAGGUUUGGUGUACAAUAACCUGCAGCUGAUGAAUCAGAUACUGCCUCAAUUAAAAGUAUAUAUGAUUUCUCGCCACAAGAUGCUUCAGUUUGAUGACCUUUUUAAACGGGAAACGGGGAAAGACAGGAAGAUAUCCAACACUUGGCUCAGCACGGGCUGGUUCACAAUGACUAUUGCAUUAGAGCUCUGUGACAGGAUAAAUGUUUAUGGCAUGGUGCCACCGGAUUUCUGCAGGGAUCCUAAUCAUCUUUCAGUACCUUACCAUUAUUAUGAACCUUUGGGACCUGAUGAAUGCACAAUGUACAUUUCACACGAGCGGGGCCGCAAGGGCAGCCACCACCGCUUCAUCACAGAGAAACGAGUGUUUGAGAACUGGGCACGGACCUUCAACAUCCACUUUUUCCAACCAGACUGGAAACCAGAACCACUCACUGUAAAUCACCCUGAGAUUAAACCAGUGGUCUGA